AGCCCCGUAGGGCGAAAGAGCACCAUGAGCAACAAAUAUGAUGUGAUCGUGGUGGGCGGAGGAAUCUCAGGUAUGGCAGCAGCCAAAUUGCUUCACGAUUCUGGACUAAGUGUUGUAGUACUGGAGGCCAGAAAUCGAGUAGGAGGCCGAACUUAUACAGUAAGAAAUAAACAUGUUAAAUAUGUAGACCUUGGAGGAUCCUAUGUUGGGCCAACUCAGAAUCGUAUAUUGAGGUUAGCUAAAGAACUGGGAUUAGAGACCUACAAGGUGAAUGAAGAAGAACGUCUCAUCCACCAUGUCAAGGGAAAAAGUUAUGCUUUCAGAGGUCCGUUCCCUCCUGCCUGGAACCCUAUUGCAAUGUUGGAUCAUAAUAACCUAUGGAGAACAAUGGACGAAAUGGGGAAACAGAUUCCAAGUGAUGCUCCUUGGAAAGCGCCUCUCGCAGAAGAGUGGGACUUCAUGACAAUGAAGGAGCUAUUGGACAAGAUCUGCUGGACUGAGUCUGCCAAACAGCUUGCCAUUCUCUUUGUGAAUCUCUGUGUCACUGCUGAGACUCAUGAAGUAUCUGCCCUCUGGUUCCUGUGGUAUGUGAAGCAGUGUGGGGGUACAACCCGAAUAAUUUCAACAACCAAUGGAGGACAGGAAAGGAAGUUUAUUGGAGGUUCUAGUCAAGUUAGUGAGAGGAUAAUGGAACUUCUUGGAGACCGAGUAAAGCUGGAAAGGCCAGUAAUUCAUGUUGAUCAAUCAGGUGAUAAUAUUAUUGUGGAGACACUGAACCACGAGAUCUAUGAGGCCAAAUAUGUCAUUAGUGCUAUUCCUCCAACAUUGGGUAUGAAGAUACAUUUUAACCCACCGUUGCCAGUGUUGAGAAACCAGUUGAUUUCUCGUGUUCCUUUGGGUUCAGUCAUUAAAUGCAUGGUAUAUUACAAAGAACCAUUUUGGAGGAAAAAGGAUUACUGUGGAACCAUGAUCAUUGAAGGAGAGGAAGCUCCAAUUGCCUACACUUUAGAUGACACCAAGCCUGAUGGUACUUAUCCUGCCAUAAUAGGAUUUAUUCUUGCCCACAAAGCAAGAAAACUGGCCCGUCUUACCAAAGAAGAAAGGAAGAAGAAACUAUGUGAGCUCUAUGCAAAGGUUUUGGGAUCAAAAGAAGCACUGAAUCCAGUGCAUUAUGAAGAGAAGAAUUGGUGUGAGGAACAAUACUCAGGAGGUUGCUACACAACUUAUUUCCCCCCAGGGAUAAUGACUCAGUUUGGAAGGGUUCUUCGCCAGCCAGUUGGCAGGAUUUAUUUUGCCGGAACAGAAACUGCUACACAUUGGAGUGGAUAUAUGGAAGGAGCAGUCCAGGCGGGAGAGAGGGCAGCUAGAGAGGUACUACAUGCUAUGGGGAAAAUUCCAGAAGAGGACAUCUGGAAGCCAGAACCAGAAUCUCUGGAUGUGCCAGCCCAGCCAAUCACCACCACUUUCUUGGAGAGAAACUUGCCUUCUGUGCCAGGACUUCUGAGGCUGAUUGGAUUAUCUACAGUCUUCUCUUCAGCAGCAGCUCUUUUCUUUGCCUAUAAAAGGGGGCUCCUCUUGAGAAACUGAAGAAGCCCCACAGACAAUGUGGCAUACUUCCUUUUUGCGGGGAAUCAAAAGCACUUAGAUUCCCAGUUUUAGAAGAUGGAUUGUUUUUUGUUGUUUUUGUUUCUUCCAAUUAUAGUGUCUGACUAUGCCAUCAAGUCUUCUACCGGGCUUUAAAAGCCUCCCAUCAAAUUUAUCUCAAUUUGCUUGCUUGCUCCUCUCAGACUUACAUCAAGAAAAUUCACUCACUGUGCCUUGCUUCUUUGUGACCUUUUUUGAUUUUCUUAAUUGCUAUCUCCUUCCCUCUCCCACCUUCUCUAGCCUCAUGAAGUGGACUUAUAGACUCUAGACUCCACUCAUAGAGUGGAAAGGAAUGUUAGACUUCAGUCAAUCUCUUUAUUGUGCAGAUCAAGAAACUGAGAUCCAAAUUAGGGAAGGGACCUGCUCAAGAGGUUACAGGGCUACUCGGUGGUCUAGUCAGGAGUCUCUCCUGAUUCCUCCAUUCACUGUGCAUCCCAUGACGCCUCUGACUCAAAACCUUCUCCAAGAAAGUACUCUGGAAAUAACCCCUCCUCACUAUCAUGAUCUUUUCCUGCAUUCCCUGAAUAUACAUUCUCUGUUCAUUCAUAAUACUUAUAUGUUGUUUGCUGUACAUGCCUUCAUAUUUGCUUCUUGUACCCUCACCUCAGCCUGAAAGGAAGAGCUUUGCUUUCUCCUUCUUUCAUUUUACUCGUAAUGCCUAUGGGCAGUAAUCAAUACUAAUUUACUAUUCAAUAAAAAAUGUUCACUGAA